UCCGCCAUUUUUUGUAUGCCCUCCAUUUGCUGCCGUGUUGACAUUGAUGCUCUCUCGGUACAUUUUGCAAACCUUUCUAUGCAGCCUAAACUUGUUCAAGAGUUUUGUGUGAUCUGCAACAAUGCAACCUGCCCAACAGCCACCCCCAGCUUACCAGCAUGGCAACCCCCAACAGCAAACAACGAUUGUACAACAACAACCAGUGGUAACACUGCAACCAGCAUCAAAUGCUGUCGGUGCCGGGAACCAGCGAGGUAACUGGUGCUGGAGGGGCAUACGGGUUACCGGUUACUUACAAACCGUCUUGGCAUUCUUGGCUGUGGGGUUCGGCAUAGCCGCCAUCUUUGUGAAAUCUUACCUAUUCUUCAUUGGCGCUCCGAUCUGGUGUGGCUUAAGUUUUUUCCUUGUGGCCGGAAUCUUGGGCAUUGCAGGUGGGCAUAAAAGAAACUCAUGUAUGGUCAUUGGGUAUAUGGUGAUGUCCAUCAUAAGCACUCUGGCAGCGUUUGGUGUUUUGUUUGCAGUUAUAAAUGCUUUAGCAGUCGAACGCUAUUACUGUCCUACCUACUAUUACAGCGACUUUUAUUUUAACUGCUCAACCCCAGUGGGUCCACGGCUUGGAAUUGAUUGGUGCCUCCUGGUGAUAGCCAUUGCAGAGAUUGUCAUCUCUAUUGUGGGAGCCAGUUUAACUUGUUGUGGCCUCCACUAUAAUGACAACUCCGCUCCUCAGACCGUGGUGACUUACCAAACCUACCCACAACAGAUGGUGGUUGGAGCUCCCCCACAGGGUGUGUACAUCAACUCUGGCGCAACUGUGGCCUACCCGAAUCAGGUUGUCUUGCAGCCUGGCCAGACCUACCAGCCCCAGGGGCAGUUUCAACCUCCACCCCAGGGGCAGUUUCAACCUCCACCCCAGGGGCAGUUUCAACCUCCACCCCAGGGGCAGUUUCAACCUCAACCCCAGGGGCAGUUUCAACCUCCACCCCAGGGGCAGUUUCAACCUCAACCCCAGGGGCAGUUUCAACCUCAACCCCAGGGGCAGUUUCAACCUCCACCCCAGGAACAACCUCUGCCCAAGUAAGUCUUGAUGAAACUUGCCUUGAAU